AUGAAAGCUAGCUUUUUGUGCAGACUGUUCUGCUGCAUUGUUGCAGGUGGUGCGCAAGGAUCCGAGGAUUCUUGUGAGGAGGCUCCAUCCGAGGAUGAGACAACCUUGCUUGCAACAUCCACAUGGCAGCAGCAUGAGAUCACAAAGCUCCAGGACGAAGUGCGGCACUGGAAGUCAAAGUAUGAAGGUCUGCUGGAACUAUUCGCUGACUUUUCUAGCCAGCCGCAGACGGUACAGGACUUGCCUGUGGACCAGACGCAUCUCAUGCCUGGAAAUGUCCAGCGUUGCCGGAACGCCAUUGCCUCAAGGAGCCCAGCACAGGCUACCAACCCUCAGCAGGAGCCAGACGUCCGCUUUCCGAGCUACAGCUACGUGGUUUAUGGCCAGGACUCCCAGUUUGCGCAUGACCUGCAGCAAUCGUAUGAUGGAGCUUCUGACAGUUUGGAGAAGUUCCUGACCAUUUCACCAGAUGUCCGAAACCCUGCCAUCAUGUUCGACAUCGACAACACCCUGGCAUAUACAGGUUUUAACGACACAGAUCUUGUGGGCAAAGCUCCCGCCUUGACUGCUGCUGUUAAUUUUGUCAACCGAUGGUGUGCAUUCGAUGAUUCCGACUCUCCCUUUGAGUGCUUCUUCUUUACUGCGAGAUAUUGCACGAGCUUGAAAGCUGCCGCUACCAAGAUUUGGGUGACGGACAACUUCCCCGUCAGUCAUGAAUGGAUCGAUAAACACAUCUUCAUGACAGGUGGAGUUGGUGGAUGUGACUCCGGCGGCUGUUCUUUGGCAUACAAAGCCGCCUUGCGGAAUUGGUUCAGCGAGCGUCAAGAUGUGUUCUGGGUGAUGAGCAUCGGCGAUCAAUUCACGGACUCGGCCGGUGUCGCAUCUGGACUUCGAGUCAAGCUGCCAAACUUCUGGUUUGACAGCAGCGUGGUUCCCAACCCGCUUGGCAACGGCGGCAAAGUUCACUUGGAUGAACACGGGACAUUUCCACCCGGAAAUGAGCACUGCGAGCUGAACUGUGUGGUCGGCCCCGACGAUGCAUGCCUGGAAGCCUCGCUGAAAGAUGAUGCGAUAUACUGGCACACCAGGCUCCAGUACUGCCUUGACCAAGACCGUGAGAAGAGCCCUGAUCAAGUCCAUGGAUGUAAAUACAACCUCCUGACGGGAGCGGUGACUUGUUGA